UACCAACCUCUCUGACACACACCAGGUCACGUGACACAGAUCCUGCACAUUUAAAAAAGAACGGGAUUUAUAAUUCCCACCAGGGCUUCAAAGAGGUGGAUAAAUUACUCCCCGUUGCCAGUUAACCGAUUUUCGCACCUCCGCGGCACUUCUGUGCAAUUGACAGCGCGCAGAACGCACCAACGACCCAUGAGACUCCAUCAGCAAACCUGAUGACGAGCGGCCCAUCCUUAUUUUUAACCCUCAGUUUCUAUUCUUAUACUGUACGAAGUUGAUCGAAGCCUGCAGAGAAAUCAUCUUCGAGGGCGGGAAGUGGGGCUAUCCUCUGUCGUUAUUAAUGUACGCUCAGGAUGGCAGUGGACUUUAGAUGCGCAGUUCACGGCUCAGUCUUUUGGGGCUGUGUGAUUAUCCUCAGUAACGUGCUAUGUCCCAUUGAUGCGUACCUCUACAACAACCGCUAUGCAGGUGAUCAAGUCUUCAGGAUAACUCCCAGCAACGAGGGGGAGGUUCAGGAGCUCAAGAAACUCCUGGGAAACAUCAAGGUGGAUCUGUGGCAGCCCAACAGUGCCUCUCUGAUCCGACACAACGCCACCGUGGACGUGCAUGUGAGACGGAACAACACGCGAGGGCUUCGUGCAUGCCUCCAGAAGGAACACAUAUAUUUUAAGGUGUUCAUAUCUAACCUUCAGAAGGAAAUUGAAAAGCAGACUGGAUAUCGCUCUUCCCGCAAGAGGAGGUCUGAAUCCCAAUAUGACUAUGAGGUGUACCACUCUCUGGAGGAGAUCCAGAGUUGGAUGUUUGAGAUGAACAGGACCCAUCCUCACCUGGUGGACAUGUUCUCUAUAGGGAGGUCAUAUGAAGGCAGGCCCCUUUAUGUGCUUCAGCUAGGAAAGAGAACACGGUCCUAUAAGAAGGCAGUGUGGAUAGACUGUGGGGUCCAUGCAAGGGAGUGGAUUGGACCAGCCUUCUGCCAGUGGUUUGUCAAAGAGGCUCUGCAUUCCUACCAGUAUGACUCUGUGAUGAGACGACUGAUGAACCAACUCAACUUCUACAUCAUGCCUGUCUUCAACGUGGAUGGAUACAUCUUCAGCUGGACUACGGAUCGUUUCUGGAGGAAAACCCGGUCCAAAAACGGCAAGUAUCACUGCAGAGGUGUUGACGCGAACAGGAACUGGAAAGUCAAGUGGUGUGAGGAGGGUGCAUCCUCCCACCCCUGUGAUGACACGUACUGCGGACCCUUCCCUGAGUCCGAGCCAGAGGUCAAGGCAGUGGCCAAGUUCCUGCGGAAGCACAAGAAGCGUGUCAAGGCCUACGUCUCCAUCCACGCCUACGCCCAAAUGUUGCUCUACCCCUACUCCUAUAAAUACGCCACCAUCCCUAACUUCAACUGUGUGGAGUCAGCUGCACACAAUGCAGUGACUGCCCUGUACUCUGCCUAUGGAGUGAGGUACAGAUAUGGACCUGCCUCCACCACGCUGUAUGUCAGCUCAGGCAGCUCCAUGGACUGGGCCUAUAGGAACGGGAUCCCUUAUGCCUUUGCCUUUGAACUGCGGGACACAGGCUACUUUGGCUUCCUGUUACCUGAAGCUCUGAUUAACCCCACCUGUACUGAGACCAUGAGAGCAGUGAAGACCAUCUCAUCAGGCCUACUGAAGAAGUGUGAGACAGGGACGUAUCAGCUGGACAGGGAGAGAUAUCCAUAUCUCUGAGAUAUAUAUAGACAUUUACAGUAUCUCUGCAUCUGCUAGGGAAUAACUACGGGUGGUGGGUUAUUGUGCCAAAAAGGAAAAUGCAACAUGUAUCAUGCAAGCCUUGAUGUUUACCCAAGAGUGGUCACCACUCCAUUUUAUGUCUGUAUGUUAGAGGCUAUAGUGGUACUUGAAAAUGCCCUCAAACUGGUUUCAAAUGUAAAAUUAUUUAGAUGUCAUAUUACAUAAAAUCUUCACCUUGUACUAUCAACAACUCGACUGUUUACAGUGUACGGUGAACGCAAGCACUUGAAUGCCAUUUUCAAGAGACUGACAUUGCAUUUCACAGAGUCUUUUUCUUGAACUUGUCAUUUUGACCCAUUAAAGCUUCACUAUCUGGAGCACCAUCAGCUAACUCAGUGGUGUAGUCGUGCCUGGAGAAGUGGGUAUAUUCUAUCUUUUGCCAAAGAUGUCCCAAACGGCCCGCCGGGUGAAUUCUAUGAGAAACAGUGACAUACACUCUGAAUGACCUAAAAUGAUAAAUCCCAUAUUGGUCUUUCACAGUCAGGCCAACCCAAACUGUACUGUUCAUAUUGGUCUUUCACAGUCAGGCCAACCCAAACUGUACUGUUCAUAUUGGUCUUUCACAGUCAGGCCAACC